AUGUCUCUUCUGGAAGAUUACCCGCCGAGUCUUUUGCCUGAAAACUACCAGACUUUGAAGGAACGGGCGAUCGACUGGGCACUUGCCAACGGUCUUAUAAUUCGCCCGACUGCUGAAGUAGCUUUACCUCAAAACGUAUCUGCAAUUCAUGCGCCAGUCGCGUUGUUCCCGUCGCUCAUACCGAGAGAGGCUUUCGAGCAGGCUGUGAAUUUGCAACCGAUAUUUAAUAAACUGUAUCAUAACAUGUCUCUAGAUGAUGCGUUUAUUAAUAGUAUUAUACGAGAGGUUUCUAAAGUUGAUGAUUUUAUCAAGAGACUGUACGAUAUUUAUUUAAAAACGAAGGACAACGUUCAGCCAAUCGUCUUUUGUAUUCACAGAUCAGAUUACCUCCUCCACAUGGAUGAAGGAGAUGUGAAACCCAAGAUAUUACAAGUCGAGUUUAACACAAUUGCCGCAUCCUUCUCGAGUUUAUCAGCGCAGACAGGGAAAUUGCACAAGUAUCUCAUGGAAUUUACGGGCUAUUUUGACGCAGAUGCGCGAUUAAACGCGGAAUCUUUGCCGGAAAAUGCGUCGUGGACUAGUUUACCAAAAGGCAUUGCAAAAGCUCAUGAGCUUUAUGGAUCUUCAAAAGCGGUUGUUAUGAUGGUCGUUCAACCAGGAGAACGUAAUGCUUUUGAUCAACGUUGGAUAGAGUAUAACUUAUUACAGAAUCAUAAGGUUCAUCUUAUUCGCAAAACACUCGCUGAAGUUUCUGAACAGGCAAGUGUGGAUCCAACGACCGGUUCGCUCACCAUUGCUGGUAACGAAAUAUCUGUCGUGUAUUACCGAGCUGGAUAUUCUCCGGAUGAUUAUCCGACGGAACAGCAAUGGCAAGCACGACUUUUAAUCGAAAAAUCUAAAGCUAUCAAAUGCCCGACGGUUGCCUAUCAAUUAGUCGGUACGAAAAAGGCACAACAGGAAAUAGCUAAACCUGGUAUGAUUCAACGAUACAUAUCUGACCCAAUACAAGUGAAGAAAUUAUAUGCCAGCUUUGCGGAACUGUAUCCUCUUGAUGCUACUCCAGAAGGAGAGGCAGCUACUAAGCUUGCACUCGAGAAGCCAGAACGCUUUGUGAUGAAACCUCAGCGGGAAGGAGGAGGCAACAAUAUAUAUACGAAAGAUAUUCCUUCUACACUUGCUCGGCUAUCUGUCUCAGAGAGAUCUUCAUAUAUACUAAUGGAACUCAUCAAACCACCCCCAAUGAAAAAUACGAUAUUGCGUGAAGGAGAACUUAUAAGUGGUUAUAUGGCAUCAGAGCUCGGUAUCUAUGGUAUAUUUAUUGCCACACAAGACGGAAAGGUGUUAGUCAAUGAGCCAGCAGGUCAUUUGUUGAGAACCAAAAGUGCUGAUACGAAUGAAGGAGGA